UCCAAGAUGGCUACUGCUAGUGUCCAGCGUUUUGUUUUAUGAGAGAACCAAGAACCCAAUGGAUUACUGUCUUUUUUGGAGCAUAGAUAAUCGAUAAUUUCUGUACAAAAUAAAUCCAGGUUACCGCGGAGUCUUGUCUGUAAGUUUAAUUUCACCAACGGGGAUGUAUGCUCGAGGAAAGGGAAAGAAGAAGCACAACAACAAAGCGGUGAAGGAUGUGAGUGACAGCGAUAAGUACGCCGACCUCUUGGUGUUCGGCUAUGCCUGCAAGGUCUUCCGAGACGACGAAAGAGCUCUCUUCCACGAACAUGGCAAACACCUCAUUCCAUGGAUGGGGGACAAGAAGAUCACUAUUGAUAGAUACGAUGGACGUGGUCACGUGCAUGACCUCUCAGAGUAUGACAGCGGGUCGUGGAACACGUCCUACCAGCUGUCGGAGGAGGAAGCCCGCAUCGAGGCGCUGUGCGACGAGGAGCGCUACCUGGCCAUGCACACGGACCUGCUGGAGGAGGAGGCCAGACAAGAGGAAGAGUACAAGCGUCUGAGCGAGGCCUUGGCGGAUGAAGGCACCUACACUGCUGUGGGAUUCAAAUACACCGCCGACUACUACGACCCCUCACAGCCCACCGAGGAGGAGGAGGCCAACAGAGAGGCUGAAGAAGCAGAGCAGGAUGAAGACGAGGAGCCCUUCGUAGCACCGGCCGGUCUCACCAUCCCCCCCGACGUAGAGCUGCCGGCGACCAGCAAGACCCACGCCAUCAUCGAGCGGACGGCCAACUUCGUGUCGCAGCAGGGCGCCCAGUUCGAGAUCGUGCUGAAGGCCAAGCAGUCGGGCAACUCCCAAUUCGACUUCCUGCGCUUCGACCACUACCUCAACCCGUACUACAGGCACAUCCUGCGGGCCAUGAAGGAGGGCCGCUACACCGCCACCGCCGACAAGCCCGAACCGGACCCCGACUCGUCGGAUGACUCGGACGCAGACGGCGACGGCAGCUACCUGCACCCCAGCCUGUUCGCCCCCAUGAAGAAUGCCCGCCUGGCGGAGAUCAUGAAGCCUCUACAGGUCAUGGACCCCGAUCAUCCGCUGGCCGCGCUCGUUCGCAGAGCCAAGCUGGAGAGCAACGGUGGCUACGCCAUCGCCGCCACACCCAGCGAAGUCCUGGAGCCGCCGCCGGCAAGCACGCCCCCACCGGCACAGUACUCCGCUGACCCCACCAUGUACUAUGGCUACUACAUGCUCCCCGACGGCACCUACUGCCUGGCCCCGCCCCCUCCGCCCGGCAUCGAGGCGAGCACCUACUAUGCCAACACGCCCCCAGGGACCACGGCUCCGCCCACCGGCGCAGAGGACCUGCUACCCCCGGGGACCGCGCUUCCGCCUGCCUCCGACCCUGGCCCCGCGCCACAUACGAUUUCCGCACCGCCUGCCCUCAUCAAGAACGCUACCCCGGGUCCCGCCCCGGCCCCUACCCCGGGUCCCACCCUGGGUCCCGUGCCGGCCGCCGUCGUCGCCCCGCCCACCCUCGUCGCCCCGCCCGCCCUCGUCCAGGAAGCAAGUACGCGUCCCCCGCCGGUGUCCCGGGCCGCGACCACGCCCGUACCAGCGCCCGCGGUCAUCAUCCCCCCGCCGCCGGACAUCCAGCCCGUCAUAGACAAGCUGGCGGAGUAUGUGGCGAGGAACGGUGUCAAGUUCGAGACCAGCGUGCGCGCCAAAAACGACCCCCGAUUUGAUUUCCUGCAGACCUGGAACCAGUUCAACACAUAUUACGAAUUCAAGAAGAACUACUUCAUGCAGAAAGAAGGGAUAAGCUUGGCGGAGAGCGAGUCGGCUGAGACCGCAGAGGAUAAUGAAGCAAAGGAGGCAAUUGUUACUAAAGCCGCGUUCGCCCCGAUCUGUUUUGCCAUCAGGGCCAAAGACAACGACAUGCUGCCCCUGGAGAAGAACCGGGUCCGUCUGGACGACGACUCGGACGAGGACAAGCUGCUGGAGGAGCAGUGUGCGGCGGUGUUGAUGGCCCGGCCCGAUCUGGCUGACAAGGAGGUCGCGGGGCCGGGGGCCACACUGGAGGAGAAGAGGCCCGCUCUGACCCCGGAGGAGCUGGAGGCCAAGCAAGCCAAGCUGAAGCUUGAGGACCGGCUGGCGGCGGCGGCGCGAGAGAAGCUAGCCCAGGCCAGCAAGGAGUCCAAGGAGAAGCAGCUGCAGGCGGAGAGGAAGAGGAAGGCCGCCCUGUUUCUCCAGACGCUGCGGGCGCCAGGCUCCGGGGAGCCAGAGGCAAAGCGGGCGGAGCUGGACCCCGUGACCCCCCGACAGGUCAAACCGCAGCUCUCGGUCGCGGCGUGCCCCCCGCCCGCCCCCACCUCCUCUUCCUCCUCCUCCUCUGUGGCUCCUGCGUACCUCCAGGACCAAAGGGCCCCCGUGGAGCACCAGGGGGCCCACAGAUCCAGGGAGGGGACCAACACCACCACCACCGCCGCCACCUCCUCCUCGGCCCACUCUCACUCCCACUCCCGCUCCCACGCCACCUCCAGGGGGGCGGAGCCGGAGCGCAGCAAAGGGCGAGACAAGGACAAGAAGAAGAAGAAGCACAAGAAGAGGUCCAGGUCAAGGUCGAAGACCAGACACGCCCUCCCCAGCGCCUACAGGAGAACCAGGAGGUCCAGGUCCCGGUCGCCGGGCAGAAGGGACCGCAGGGCCCCCUCGGCGGAGAGGAGACACGAGGAGAGGGAGAGGGAGCACCACCACCACCACCACCACCACCACCACCAGCACCGCAGGGGCCCGGCCAGAUCCAGGUCCCCUCCCGAGAAGAGAAAGUCCUCUCUUCGGUCCUCAGGAGCUGUGCCUCAGAGCGCAAGCUCCGCCUUCUCCCCCUCAUUCUCACCCCCCGCAGCUCACUCGCCCCCGGCUAGCCCCGCCUCCAGCCUUGGCCAAUCAAGGGCUGCGUCUCAGGAGAAAGAGAGUGCCGUGUCUUCGUCCAUAGUGUCCUCCGUUCAGGCCAAAAUCACUCAGGAUCUGAUGGCCAAAGUGCGUGCGAUGCUUGCUGCCUCGAAAACCUUCCAGCCCACUACCUGAAGAGGGAGGGGGUUCGACCGACCAGCCUCCAAUAGGAACCCCUUCAUCAUGAUGACAUCUGGGGUAAUAAUUCCCCCCAGCCAAUCAGCAUGAUGCAACCGACUGUCACCGGCAAACCAUAUCAAUUUCUCUCCCUAGCCUUUUUUUUUUUUGAGGCCGCAACAAAUAAUUGUUGGGACACUGGGUUGUGUGUAUCGUUCAGUAAGUAACUAAAGAGGGAUCAUGUGGUUCCUGACCUACAGUCAAACACUCACACACCUGUCCAGGGCCAGAAGUUGUCAAACCAGAAAAAGUGUUAUGACUUCACAACAGAGCCCCAUGGCUGCCAGAGGCCUGCAUCUCAUCCUUCUGUGAAGGGUUAGUUUGUUUUGUUAAUUCUUCCUCCUCCACCUUUUUAACAGUUUUAGUUAGGACUUUAUAUUGUUCCUCAGCUCCAGUGUGUGGCCUUCUACCUUCUGUUUCCAGAAUGAAAGUCGGAGCUCCUUUGUACUGCAAAUUGUCAAUAAAGUUUGAACUUGAAUUUACCACCCAAGUGUUUCACAUUCUGUUUAACUUCGGUCUGUGUUUUAAAAGAUCAUCUCAAAAGGAUAUGAAAUGCAAUU